AUGAUUGGAAAGGUUGUCAAUAGUUUGGCCCUUAUUUCAAGAAAUAUUAGGGGGACUAAUUUGAGGUCGAUCCCAUACAAAAGGUCAUCAAUAUUUGUUAGACAGUUCCAUCCGGCAAUACCAAGAUUUCAUGGCCAUCUUCAUAAACCAAACCCGGGAGAAGAACUCCACAUCACGUUUAUAACAAAGCUGGGUGAGCAGUUCACUUAUGAGGUAGCCGAAGGCGAUAACCUUCUCGAUAUUGCACAGGCUAACAAUUUAGACAUGGAAGGUGCAUGUGGUGGUUCCUGUGCGUGUUCGACUUGUCAUGUUAUUGUUGAUCCUGAGUUCUACGAUUUGAUCCCUGAACCAACCGAUGAUGAAAAUGAUAUGUUAGACCUUGCAUUUGGCUUGACGGAGACUUCUAGGUUAGGAUGUCAGGUCAAAAUGAGUAAGCAGUUGGAUGGGAUGAGAGUGGCUUUACCCGCAAUGACGAGAAAUUUACAGUCUAGAGACUUCAAUAAUUAA